AAGGCUGCGCGUGCGCGCUGGGGUGCUAGAGGUUGACAGUAACACUCGAUCUUCAAGAACCCGGGUGACCUGAGCGCGCGACCCUUUCUCCGGAGCGCCACACGACACCUGCCGGGCCCUCAGACGUGACCUUCCUUGUACUUUCACAGUCGUCUCUUCCAGAGUUCAUUCUCGCAGAGCCCAGCCUCUUGCUUUGUGUCCACGAUGAGCAGCAUGACCCAGAAUCUCCGGGAAAUAAUGAAGGUUAUGUUCAAAGUUCCCGGCUUUGAUAGAGUUUUGGAAAAGGUGACACUUGUCUCCGCUGCUCCUGAAAAACUUAUCUGUGAGAUGGAGGUGGAAGAGCAGCAUGCUAACAAGUAUGGUACACUCCACGGAGGACUGACAGCAACCCUAGUGGACAACAUAUCGACCUUGGCUCUGAUGUGCACAGAAAGAGGGGUACCCGGAGUCAGCGUUGACAUGAACAUAACGUACAUGUCGCCUGCUAAGAUAGGAGAAGUGGUAGUGAUCACAGCACAUAUUCUGAAGCAGGGAAAGACGCUUGCAUUUGCUUCCGUGGACCUGACCAACAAAACCACAGGGAAAUUAAUAGCGCAAGGCAGACACACAAAACACCUGGGGAACUGAGAACAGCAGGACUACCCGAAGAAGCCCAACAAAGCUGGGUAUGGUCUGUGAGCAGCUUUCUGAAAUAAAUGAUCAGAACCGGAA